AUGCGUAGAAGCAUCAUCCUUGCAGCGCUCGGCAACUCGCCCUCACCAACACCAGGUGACGGUAAAGAUGCAACGACACCACUGAAAGCCAAGGGCUCGCCCUACUCACGCCCCUCACCAUUGGCAGACGUCUCUCGCAAUGCCAACGCUGCUGGUUUUGGCCCACUGUUGGGACGCAAGCCGUUCAAGCCACCCUCCUUUGCCAACCAGCGCGAGAAAGACAACCCAGAAGGCGGAAGGAAACGAAAGAAGGUCGACUACCGCGGCAUGGACUCGGGUGCUGCUGACGAUGGUGAAGCUGGUGCAGGCUCAGACUCUGACGACCAUGGUGUUGCUAAAGGUGCGAAAGCGGGCGCCAAGAAGAAGGGCAAAGCAGCCAUGAAGACGCUGGAAGGAGUCUACAAGGGCAUCGAUGCAUCAGGCGUCUCGCUCAAUGUCGACCGUCGCAAGUGGCAGGUUUUCGAAAUCAAGCCAGAUGCCAUCAAGAAGGGCUUUUCCUUACCCGCGAUGACCAACAAGCAAGGUCAAGUGGUAGAGACCAGGCUUUCCCACGCAGCGCUAGGCACACGGAGGAAGAUCGAUAUUCCACCGCGUCCAUUAUAUGAUCCGAUGGGCGAGCACGCCAUCGUGCUCUUCGAUCCCACUGUUGAUGACCGCGAAGCAGAGCGCAGGAAAGCAGAGAUUCGGCAAGAGCAGGCAGCCGUAGAAGAGAAGAUCGAGGCAGGCGCAGAGAUUCCUACGCCACACAAGAGUCUUGCCGAGAUCCUCGGUCUCAACAAGGCCAAGUCGAAAGAAGUAGAGAAAGUACCUGUCGUCAUCGAUCCUCGUCUUGGCAAGGUACUUCGUCCCCAUCAGGUCGAAGGUGUCAAGUUCUUGUAUCGAUGCACCACCGGUCUCAUUGUCGAGAACGCAUACGGAUGUAUCAUGGCGGAUGAGAUGGGCCUCGGCAAGACUCUGCAAUGUAUCACACUCAUGUGGACGCUACUCAAGCAGUCUCCUAUCGCAGGCAAGUCGACCAUCGACAAGUGUAUCAUCGUCUGUCCCUCGUCGUUGGUGCGCAACUGGGCCAACGAGCUGAUCAAGUGGCUUGGCGCUGCUGCUCCUGGCAACCUUGCUCUGGACGGCAAGCUCAGCAAGGACGAAAUGAUCGAGGCUACUCGUCGUUGGUGCAAUGCCUCGGGCCGUGCCAUCACACAGCCGGUCAUGAUUGUGUCCUACGAGACGCUUCGCAACCUGCAAGAAGAACUAGGCAACACCGAAGUUGGUCUCCUUCUCUGUGAUGAGGGUCAUCGACUCAAGAAUGCGGAUUCGCUCACAUUCCAGGCACUCACACAGAUCAAGGUCCGCCGACGUGUCAUUCUCUCUGGUACACCGAUUCAGAACGAUCUGUCCGAGUACUUUGCAUUGCUCAACUUUGCCAACCCCGAGCUGCUCGGCAGCCGCAUUGACUUCCGUAAGAACUUUGAGAUUGCCAUUCUCAAGGGUCGCGAUUCCGAGGCGACCGAAAAGCAGCAGCAGGAGGCCAACGAGAAGCUCGCUCAACUCUCUGCACUGGUCAGCCGUUUCAUCAUCCGACGUACCAACGAUCUGCUCUCCAAGUACUUGCCAGUCAAGUAUGAGCAUGUGGUGUUCUGUAAGAUGGCGCCCUUCCAGCUCGACUUGUACCGACUCUUCAUUCGAUCUCCCGAGAUCAAGAAGCUGCUGCGCGGUACGGGAAGUCAGCCGCUCAAAGCUAUUGGCAUCCUCAAAAAGCUAUGCAAUCAUCCAGACUUGCUGGAUCUACCCAGUGACCUGGACGGAAGCGAACAGUACUUCCCCGAAGGCUACACACCCCGAGACAGACGUCAUGUCAACCCAGAGCUGUCUGGUAAGAUGAUGGUGCUGCAGCGGUUCUUGGAAACGAUCCGAGCUACGACGAACGAUAAGAUUGUGCUCAUCUCCAACUACACACAGACGCUUGAUGUGUUCGAGCGCAUGUGCCAAGCCAAUCGAUGGGGCAUGUUCCGUCUGGAUGGUACCAUGACGAUCAACAAACGACAGAAGCUGGUCGACCGCUUCAAUGAUCCGGAAGGCAAGGAGUUCAUCUUUUUGCUCUCUUCGAAAGCAGGUGGAUGUGGUCUCAACCUGAUCGGUGCCAACCGUCUGGUGCUGUUCGACCCGGAUUGGAACCCUGCUUCGGAUCAACAGGCGUUGGCACGAGUAUGGCGAGACGGACAGAAGAAGUCGUGCUUUGUCUAUCGCUUCAUCGCCACAGGCUCGAUCGAGGAGAAGAUCUUGCAACGACAGUCGCACAAGCAGUCGCUCUCAUCGUGCGUCGUCGACGAGGCACAAGAUGCUGCGCGCCAUUUCUCAGGUGAAGACUUGAGGGCAUUGUUCACCUUCAAAGAAGAGACGGUUUGCGACACGCACGAUACAUACAAGUGCAAGCGGUGCAAGAACGGCAGGCAGUUUAUCAAGGCCCCUGCGCUGCUGUACGGUGAUACGAGCACUUGGAACCAUUAUGGCAAAAACGAGAUGCACAAUCUGCAUGAUGACUUGCUUAGGGCAGAACAAGCAUAUGACGAUGUCAGCUUUGUUUUUCAGUACUGCAGUCAUUAG